CACUUCCUUGAGCCAUCCAAUGAACACAUCGUUGAUAUUCCAAGACAAAAUGUACGCAAAUAUUUGAUUGGGCACCCGCUGGCACGUACAAGAUUACAUCAUAGACUGACCCGAACAGAAUCUACCCCAAGGGCGCCAAUGUUAACAAACGAAACGACAUAAAAGGGGAAGCAUAAGAAGAGGACUCUGUAAAGAAGAGUAUCAAAGCUAGAGAUCGAAGAAUUGAAGAGAAGAGAGUAAAGAGAAAUGGCAGCAUUGGGUGGUAUUAGUGGGGUCCAAGGAAACCAAAACAGCCUUGAGAUCGACAAUCUCGCUCGCUUUGCCGUGGAAGAACACAACAAAAAAGAGAAUGCACUUCUGGAGUUUGGGAGGGUGAUAAACGCAAAACAGCAGGUGGUUGCUGGUACCUUGUAUUACAUUGCGCUGGAGGCGACGGAUGGUGGGAAGAAAAAGGUUUAUGAAGCCAAGGUCUUGGAGAAGCCAUGGUUGAACUUGAAGGAAGUGCAGGAUUUUAAGCUUGUGGGAGAUGCCCCUUCAGUGUCGAGUACUUAGCAAGGUGGCUACAGCUUGGAUGCAAGGUGGAAAUACCAGGAUAUGAUAUACCAAGUAAGAUGAAAAUAAAUGUAACUAAAAUGAUAAUCAAGUUUUCCACUUUACAUUUUGGCAUGCAUUGGGCACUGUAUUUCUUGGUAACCAUAAUAUGUAUGGUGUAUUUAUAUGUAAACAAAAUAUAAACCAUUGAGGCUCCAUUCUGUUUCCAUGUGAAGCAUAUGAAACAUCAGAAACAUUUCUAGAUGAUGACCAUAAAUAAACAAGAUUUAUAUCUUCUGCGUUUA